ACAAGUCCGUUAUUAUUAUAGUGUUUUAACGUUCGCGCAUAAAUAUUUGGAAUUAAAUCCAGGUGUUAAAAUGGUAAUUUUGGGAGAAUUAUAGUCAUAAGGCAGGCGCGAGGAAAAUUGAUCUGUCGUCCGACGAAUAUUAAUAUUUAUUAAGAACCGUUUGGAAUGAAUAUAAACUGAGAAUCCAAUGUCCCGCUUGCAUUUCGAGAUAGAGCUUGCAUCAUGAGGAUAUUUUCGCAAGCAGUGCUGCUUAUCACCGCUGUAGUUGUCACCGCGGCCUGGACCAUUGAGCACAAACCGAAAAUCAAACGUCAAGAAGCUUUCAAACCUUUCAACACAAACAGUGGACUAACGGGAGUUGCUAGUAUUGCUGGCGUCACCUCUCGAAAUGGUAGAGUGUCAUCGCUUAGCGGAAUCAAAUUGUUCCCUUCAGUAAACCAAGAAAUUGUUGGCAACGGUGACGCGAGACAAUUCUUCUAUCCACUUACGGUUUCUAAAGAAAGUGAUGGAAAAUUUGCAUCCAAUAGCAUCCAAGUCUACCCAGGUUCUGUGAUUGUGUCAGCUAAAUCUGGAUACGGUCCAAAUGUAAAGUCGUGGCCAGCAAAAUUGGAUUUGCCAUUUGACGGUGACAUCUUUCUACAACCUGAUUUAGACGUAUUCAGUACUGCAAGAAACUUAGACACGUGGUUCCCCAAGAACAUAUUUAGACCUAUAGUACCACCGACUAUUGACAACUUUAGAAACAACUGGCUUUACCCGACAUACAAUCCUUUUGUUAAUAUAUGGCGGUAA